GUGCGUUUUACGGUUCCCCAGCACUUCCAUCUGUAUUCGCAUUUAUCAGAAACAGCGCUCUAGGAGGAAGUUGCCAAGACGAAACAAAGCGGUUAUCUACAGUAGGCACGAAAAUAACUCUUCCGUCCUUUUAACAAGCAGUUCUGAUGAUGAUAACUAUGCGUCAUAUGAAAAGCGACCUCGCGCGUCCACUCCCUUGGAGGAUGUGUGCGAUAAAUCCUGUGAAUCCGAAGAAUUACCUACAAACAAUCCUGCUUUUGAGCAGACUUUUCGAAUUCAAAGUCGUACACGCCGGAAACAGGCAUUCGUAUCCUCAAGUUAUCCUUCUUCGAUACAAACUACAACCUCUGUUGUCAUGAACGUUCAGCACCGUCCCCUUCCACUUGUCAGCGAGGGCAACAAUCUGCCCAUGGAAAAUGUCCGGAUCAACAAUCCAGGAGUCUCCUCACCCAUGGGCGCACCACACUUGCCCACCUUGCCUACUCACGUCACCUGUAGUUUGGCACAGCCACAGGCGUCAAUCCUACCUGGUCACUUGGUGAUAGCAGCGGUUCCCGGGUUUAAUCGAACGCCUUCGUUCUCUGGAUUGUUGCGUUUGACUGGGAUUUCCACUUUGGAGCGUGGUGAUAAAAAUACGAAACCUCCGUACUCAUACGCUCAACUGAUCGUCCAGGCCAUCGCAACGCAACCCGAGAGACAGCUAACUUUGAGUGGCAUCUAUGAUUUCAUCAGUAAAAAUUAUCCGUAUUACCAUCCGCAGGACAAAGGAUGGCAGAACUCUGUCAGGCACAACUUGUCUCUCAAUCGACAUUUUAUAAAGGUUCCCCGCUCCCAGGACGAUCAUGGCAAGGGCUGUUUUUGGCGUAUAGACUCCAGGUUUGAGGCCAAGCUACUUCCUCUGGCUUUUAGAAAACGACGCUCUCGUGGCCCGUGCAAUGUGUAUCUACGCCCGCGAAACGAGUCGUCUAGUAUAUGCCCAUCGAUCUCCGUUUCUUCUGACCAUCCAACCACGAACGCAGUGAUCCAACACCAUCCGUUCGUUUCAUCUACCCCCAUCAUAGCUCAGUACAAUACUUCGCUCAUGAUCAGCUCACCGAAAGUGAAUUGCGUUACUACAGCGAACGUAAUGCACACGGCUAAGGAGGCCACCAGCGCUUCUCUCGAUUCAAACAAGUUGAAAAUCGACCAAUCCAACCUCUCCACUCCGACAGCGAAUUGCGCCACAACUGCUCUUCCGUUGACGAAGGACUCCACCUCUUCCAGCUCUUUCUCAAUCCGGCCGACGCGUUUACUUGUCUGCUACACCAAUGCGAUCCGCUCCCCCAUGCCACCACUAACUGACCGCAACAUUAGUUCCAUACGAUGAAUUUAAUAUUCUAAUUCCCGUUUUCCAUUACCUUUCGUUUCGUGGCUGUGCUCCUCCUGUACACUCAACACAAUGCAUGUGGUGUUGGGUGUGUCAUCUUUCUACCUUUUUUGUAAUACUAUAAUGUCUAAUGUUCUAGCUUCCUUUUUCCUAUUUUCUCCAUACUGUUUUACCGUUC